UAUUCCACAGUAAGGCUAGAGAGGUAUUUCACAGAGCUACUUCGGAACAGACGAUAAACAAAAAGUUUUCAAGUAGCACUCCGCUCUCCUUGCACACAAAAUUCAACGAGUGUACGACGACAAUAAAAAGUUUCGAAUGAGUUUUACAUAAUCAUCGAAAAAUUGAAAUUUGUAGUGAAUAUGAAGGAAACGUUAACGAACCAAUCUAAUGUAGGGUUCUCAAAUCAUUGUGUAAAUAACAAUGGAAAUACGAGUACCAACACGAGUAGCAACAACGUCGCGAAUGGCAACAAUACACGAAAAUAUGCGGUAUUAAGCAAUGAGUGGAUUUCAACAAUUGGCGAAGAAUUGGGAAUUCAUCCAUUGCCGGACACACUUUUAGGAAGAUUAGCAGAAGAUGCUUCCUACCGUUUGCGAGAAGUUUUACAUAAAUGUAUGAUCAGAUUGAAACACAGCAAAAGACGACGAUUAACUUCCUUAGAUGUGAAUGCUGUUAUUACAAAUCUCUGCGAUGGAGAUCCAAUCCUGGGUGCUCCGGAUGAAAUGCCUGAAUAUCAUAACGAAGCCAAAGUAUUUGUUCCUCAUGAACGAUUUACUGACCUUACAACCAGUGCUACCGAUCCGCUCAAUCUUUCUCAGGAUAAUUUUCCAUUCCUUCAAGAACGAGAAAUUAGCGACUCUGAGUUAACGGAAGCUCGCCACAACUAUGCAAAAAGGGCUUUAAAAACUUUAUUUAAUGGGUCACAAAAAACAUUCCAAGUUUUACUAAAUGAUUGUGCUACAAACGCUCAGUUAGGUGGUGAAGGAGUGAUAGACAAAUUGAUGUCUAUAGCAAGAUCAAUGGUGAUAUCGAACAACGCGCAAUACACUCGAGUAUCAACAAGAACGUGCCAACUUAUAAUAGCCAUAGCUUGCAACAGCGAAGCUGUAUAUCCAUACCAUUUGAUUUCGGUUGAAAAACUGACGGAGUUACUGCUUGAACUUUUAUUGGGACAAAGUUUCAUCAAUCCAAACUUAGAGUCAUUGUUCAAAACUUGUGCUCUAAAAUUGAUGCUGCGAUGGCCAGCGGUUGCCGACAAAUUCGUUCCUAUGCUGGAAAACGUUUUGCUCAAGGAGGAAAAAGAAAGUCCACAGAUAAAUAAGAAACGGAUGACUGCUAUGGAAUUGUUGGCUGGCGUACAACCGCUCAUAUUUUACAAUCGCGAACCUCAGUCUCUUCUCUCGCUAGAAAAUAUAUUGAGAGUCGCCCCGGUUGGCUCUACCUUAUGGGAAAGAAUUGCGAUUUCAGUUUGUGCGCUCACCAAAUCGAAUAAUCAUACAUUGAAUUAUUCUAUGCUCAUGGAACAUUUUGGCGAUCCCAUAUUGCCUUACAUUUUUACCGAUGAUGAAACAGACAAUAUUGAGAAUCGUCGGAAACCUAACGGACUUCCAAUAAUUAUUAAGAGUAAAAUAAAGUACGUGAACUUGCGGCCGAUUACGCGUCCUCAUGGAGAACGACAAAACGCAUUUCCAGAUUCCUCGCUUCGUGGUCCUCGACGUGAAAUCAGAUUCGCUUUCGCCGGUGGACGACCAGUUGCACCAAAUAAUUUACGCCGUGUCAGUUUACGCGCGAGUUAUCAAAUACUAAGGAACGAAACGCGUGCCACAACUGCUCUCGUUGCCUCGAGACGACUGUUGAUAUUCAAACACAAGCGAAAAUCUUUUCGAGGCUGGUACAACUUGGCGCAUACCGUGUUGUAGUAAAAUAAUGCAACGACACGAAAAAUCUUAAGAAAAAUCAUCUUUAUUUUAUCUAUCUCUGGAAAAAGAAAUCUUUCAACAAAUUACAAUUUCGAUAAUAGUUA